UAUUUCUCGCGUCUCACAAUUACGUACCUGGUCCGCGACAUCUCGACUUAACCUGGCCUAAGCCUAGGAACUUACAAAUGGCUGCGCCCAUGCCAGAGCUGGCACAACAGCAAACAGCAAAGCUAGUUUUGUUAGGCGAAAUGGGAUCCGGGAAGUCGUCCCUGGUGCUUCGAUAUGUUAAGGGACAGUUCUUUGACUACCAAGCGUCCACGGUUGGCGCUGCAUUCCUUACAAAGACGUUGCCGGAGCUGAACGUGAAGUUUGAAAUAUGGGACACGGCUGGGCAAGAGCGCUACCAUAGCCUUGCGCCCAUGUAUUACAGGGGCGCUGCUGCGGCAAUUAUUGUAUAUGACAUCACGAGCCCAGACUCCUUUACACGCGCGAAGUCCUGGGUGCGCGAGCUGCAGCGGCAGGGGAACCCAGUGAUGAUUAUGGCCCUUGCAGGGAACAAGGCAGACCUGGAGAGCCAACGUGCGGUUUCCGUGGAAGAGGGCCAGGCCUAUGCCGCAGAGAAUGGGUUGUACUAUCUGGAGACAUCCGCGAAGACCGCCGCUAACGUGAAUGAGCUUUUUGAGGAGAUUGCCCGCAAGCUUCCCAAGCCCGAGACGGCACCUCGGCCAGUCCAGGGUGGCGGCAUUGUGCUGGAGAACCAGCAGGCACAGGACCGCAAGAAGAGCUCGUGCUGCUGAGAAUUUUGCGCGUUGUGCAGGGUGGUGGGUGGAUGCAGGGAUGAAUAUUGCGUCGGCGCCUUCCCAGUCACUACUCGGUCCCACGUG